AUGUCACAAGUUGUGGAUCCUGAUCAAAAAUCAAUAUCUAGAGCUCAAACUGGUGUCAAGACCAGAAGAGUUCUUAGAAAGAAACAAACUCCUCCAAAACCUAUAAAGAAAUAUAUUUGGCUUUCAGGUCAUGGUGCAACUUUAACAUUUGGUGCUAUUUAUUUUGCAUUUUAUAUUGCUAAAUAUAUUUUCAGAAAUAAAUGGUUUUGGAUACCUUGGUUAUGUUAUAGAUUAAGUUUUAUUGGUGUUUUGGCAUCUUAUUCAAUUACAGUUUUAACAACUUUUGGUGCUAUAAUUCCAAAUUAUUAUACAUUAUUAGCUACUGAAAAUUUCCAAAAUUUAUUAUUGGCUUUUGUUUGGUUAAUUUCAAGACCGAGUGCUUUUAAAUUGGUUCCUUUUUAUAUUAUUUCCAUUUUACAAUUGAGUGAUAGAUUUAAAGUUGGUGCAGUUUUGAAAAUUCAAGAUUCUUUGGUGGAUCUAAUUACAAUUUCUGAAGUUGUUGUAUUUGUUGCCCUAUUAUUUGAUACUUUGAUCUUUAGAGGUACUUCUGGUUAUGCAUUGGCUAUUUAUACAGGUUUUUAUUGGUUAAGAAUUAAUUUCUCUCCAUAUACUCAAUCAUUCUUACUCAAAGUUAUACAUGCAAUUGAUACCAAAAUUAUGGCUAAACAAUCUCCUGAAAUUCAAGCAAAAUGGCAAAAGGCUAAAGAUUUCGUGGAAUUUAGAAGA